AUGGCGGAGCAGAAGGAAGGAAACACUGUUCAACUACACCAGGAGGACGCCGAUAAAAACAAUGGAGACUCUCGUGCCACACUCACACAGGAAGAGAAAGGCGGCCAAUCAGCCACAGCUGUGGCAACCUCCAGCAGUGCCAUUAAAAUGGAACCUGGUCUGGACAACGGGAAGACCACAUCUGCACCAUCCACUGACAGACACGUGUCUAUUCAGACUAAGCUGGAGGGCCUGGAGAUGCUGGUUGACCUAAACGGGGCUGGGAGGAAGGCCUGCCCGCUGUGCCCUGAGGAGAAGUUUAAAGCCUGCUACAGUCACAAGCUGCGGAGACACCUGCAGAACCUGCACUGGAAGGUUUAUGUGGAGUUUGAAGGCCAAAGGAUGUGUAUCUGUCAUCUUCCCUGCCGACAGCUGAAGCCCAGCCUCAGUGGAGACCAGGCUCCAGGUCGGCUGGUGGCCCAUUACCACUGUGUGGUGUGCUCGGUCACCAUCGCACGCAAGACGGACAUGAUCAGUCACCUUAAGCGGCACGUAAACAAGGGCGAGACCGAGGCCAGCUACACUGGUGGCUCAGAUGUCCCCUUUGAGGAUCCAGUUCCCACCGGACAGGCCUGCGAAAUAAUGAAAGAACUUGGCACCAACGUGCAGCUCCUUCCCAACCACAACACCCCGCAGAAGAGUGACACCUAUUUCAACCGCAAAAUGAAAACGAACAGGCAGCUGGUGUUCUGCUCCCUGGCUGUUCUGGCGGAAGAGCGGAAUCCACUGGAGUGUCUGGAUGCUUUUGGAGCCACAGGGAUCAUGGGCCUGCAGUGGGCUAAGCACCUCCGCAGCGCAGUCAAGGUGACCAUCAACGACAUCAACGAGGCCUGCGUCAAAAUGAUCCGGGAGAACUGCCACCUCAACCACAUCCGAGUGGAGGGCGGCCGGGGGCCGCGGCACACCGAUGCCACGGGGGACGUGGAAAGGGUGCCCAUCGCUUCAGUGGAGGUCGUCAAAAUGGACGCCAACGUCAUCAUGCACCUACGGCCUUUUGACUACAUACACCUGGACCCUUUCGGCACGGCAGUGAACUACCUGGACGCAGCCUUCAGAAAUGUGCGGAACCUGGGCAUUGUGUCGGUGACAUCCACGGACACGGGCUCCCUCUACUCCAAGGCCCUGAACGUCACCCUGAGACACUACAGCUGUCAAAUCGUCAGGACCGAGUACUACAGGGAGCUGGCCGCACGCAUGGUUGUGGCCACAGUGGCAAGGGCCGCAGCUCGCUGUAACAAAGGCAUUGAAGUGCUGCUGGCCGUGGCCGUGGAGCACUUUGUUCUCGUGGUGGUGCGGGUGCUGAGGGGUCCCACGCAAGCCGACGAGUCGGCCAAGAAGAUCCGCCAGCUCAUCCACUGCCAGUGGUGUGAGGAGAGGGUGUUCCUGAAGGCAGGGAGCAUGGUGGAGGAGAACCUCUACAGACAACUGCCCUGCAAUUGUCAUGAAAGCAUGCCUGGAAAAACCGCUGUGGAGCUGGGGCCUCUCUGGGCAGGACCCCUGUUCAACACUGGCUUCCUCAGACGAAUGCUGUUCGCCGCAGUGCACCACAGCAUGGACGACAUUCAGCCCCUAGUGAAGACGCUGAUCUGCGAGUCUGAAUGCACCACCCUCAAGUCCUUCUCCAUCCAUGGCCCCUCCCUGCACACCAACCAAGUGGAAUGCGGUGUGGUCAUUAAGACUUUACAGAAAGCGGAGGAGGCCACGUCAGCUGACCAGUCAGGAAAAAGGAAGAUGAGCGAGGAGUCUGGGAAUGUGGUGAAGAAGACUAAAUGUGACGCAUCGCUGGAGCAUCCUCCCUUCUACUACAGCAUCCACCGGCACAGCAUCCGUGGCAUGAACAUGCCCAAGCUGAACAAAUUCCUCCAGUACCUCACAGAGGCUGGUUUCCGAGUGAGCCGGACCCACUUCGACCCGACGGGGGUGCGUACGGAUGCCACGCUUGCACAGUUUAAGUCGGUCCUCACCAAGUACAGCGUGCCCACCUACACUGCGGCCCAGACAGGCAGCCAUGGACUGAGCACCGAGGAGGGCGCCAGGAAGAUGGAGUGACUCACUGGAGUGGAUGAAAAGCACCUGACACAAUUAUGUUCUGACUGCACUGAUUCCUUUUCUUCACUGGCGACAAUGGUGAUUGUGUCCCCCCCCCCCCACCCACAUGGCUUACCACAUACAUUACACCCGUACAUUUAGAAAACAUGUCACUGCAUACGAGACUACUAGCCUACAGCAUACUAACCGCUCUCCUAAUACACAUUGCAUCUUACAGUAAGCAGAAUAGGGAAGGAAGUGAGGAGAGGCUAAUAUCACCGCCACAGGUCAUACUCGGUCAAUCUUGCCACAGCAUGCUGCAACACUCACACUCAUCUCUUCACAAAUCAGCUCUGGAAUUCACAAACGGAAAACACAUUCAACUGCAUGGUACUUUACAGAGGCAAAGUUGCGCACUGCAGUGCUUCCAGAGGCGUUACUGACUAGCGUGAGCCUGGUCUUGGAUGCAUUUACUGUGAAGUCAAGUAUACAGAAACAAGACUCCUUGACC